ACCGGGCAGCGAUUGCCAGAAGACACACGUGAAAGCCGGCUUUACGAGGAACUUGUCAAAGCUCUUUUCUUUUAAACGGUAGAAUCUGCCGUGUUCGUCGUCAUAACAGGACAAGGAAAUCGCUGAGAUCUUGUUUAAUAUCUAAAGAUGUCUGUUGUUGGAUUUGAUGUUGGAAAUCAGUCUUGUUACAUCGCUGUGGCCCGUGGUGGGGGAAUCGAAACCGUCGCAAAUGAAUUCUCCGAUAGAUGUACUCCGAGUUUUGUUUCUCUCGGGGACAAACAAAGGCUGAUCGGAACAUCUGGGAAAAACCAGAUGAUUAGUAACCUGAAAAAUACAAUCAGCCAGUUCAAGCGCUUUAUUGGCCGCAAGUUUAGUGACCCAGCAGUCCAGAAAGAAAUCCCACAUUUACCUUACAAAGUUGUGGAGCUUCCAAAUGAUUCUAUUGGUAUCCAGGUUCAAUAUCUUGGGAAACAAGAAGUAUUCUCUCCAGAACAAGUCAUGGCAAUGCUGUUCACACGACUCAAAACAACUGCAGAAAUUGCCCUGAAAACCAAAGUCACAGAUUGCGUUAUAUCCGUUCCUAGCUACUACACAGAUCGUCAACGUCGCUGCAUGCUUGAUGCAUCUGCAACAGCAGGAUUAAACUGUCUAAGAUUAAUGAAUGACACAACAGCAGUCUCACUGGCAUAUGGUAUUUAUAAACAAGACCUUCCCACUGACAAACCCAGGAAUGUGGUUUUUGUCGACAUUGGCCAUUCCUCACUUCAAGUCUGUAUUACUGCAUUUCUGAAAGGACAGCUCAAGGUCUUGUCAACAGCUGUGGAACCAAACCUUGGAGGAAGAGACUUUGAUUAUGUUUUAGUAGAACAUUUUGCCCAAGAAUUUAAGACAAAAUACAAAAUUGAUGUACACAGCAGCAUUAAAGCAAAGAUCAAGCUAGGAGCAGAAUGUGAAAAGCUUAAGAAACUUAUGAGUGCCAACACAUCAGAGAUUCCUAUUAACAUUGAGUGUUUUAUGGAAGACAAGGAUGUACAUGGUAGAAUGAAAAGGGCUCAGUUUGAGGAACUUGCUGCAGAUCUCCUGAAACUUGUUGAGGCUCCACUCCGCUCAGCUUUAGCACAGUCAGGACUUAAGAAUGAAGAAAUUGAUUCUGUUGAGAUUGUUGGUGGGUCUACAAGAAUUCCCGCUAUCAAAGAUAUUAUCAAAAAUGUGUUUGGGAAAGAGUUGAUGACGACAAUGAAUGCUGAUGAGGCGGUUGCAAGAGGGUGUGCGCUGCAGUGUGCAAUGUUGUCCCCAACCUUCCGAGUACGGGAAUUCUCUGUUAAUGACAUUACUCCUUAUCCUAUUGUACUGACAUGGAAGUCCCAGUGUGAGGAGGAUAUUGGGGAGAUGGAGCUGUUUGCUGCAAAUCACUCUUUUCCUCUGUCCAAGAUGUUAACAUUCUACAGAAGAGAACCAUUUGAGCUUGAGGCCCAUUAUGGUAGAGAUGUCCACCUUCCUAUCAAAGACGGCUUCAUUGGUAAAUAUUCUGUGAAAAAUGUAGUGCCAACUGCAGAGGGUGACGUAUCUAAGGUUAAAGUGAAGAUCAGGAUGGAUGUGCAUGGCAUUUUUAAUGUUGCGGGUGCCUCGUUGGUGGAAAAGGUGAAAGAGGCAGAGCCAGAGGCUAUGGAGACUGCACCAGUUGAAGGGGAGAAAAAAGAUGCACCCGAUGCGCCAGCACCCGAUGCACCAGCACCUGAUGCUAAUGCAACCAAUGAUGCAACAACGAACAACACAGAAGACCAACAACAACAGCCAAUGGACACAGAGGAAAACAAAGCAGAGAACAAAGAGGAGAAUGAAAAGAAGGCAGAUGCACCAAAAAACAAAAAGAAGAAACAAGUAGUCAAAAACAUCGAUCUUCCCAUUGAAGCAGUCGUGCCAUCACUCACAAAGACUGAGAUGAAUCUUGCUGUAGAGAUGGAGAAUAAGAUGAUCAUGCAAGACAGACUGGAAAAGGAUAAGUCUGAUGCGAAGAACAGUGUGGAGGAGUAUGUCUAUGAAAUGAGAGACAAAGUUUAUAGCUUGUAUGAGAAGUUCAUUGAAGAGCAGGACAGAGAUAAGUUUGUGCUUCUAUUGGAUGAUGCCGAAUCAUGGAUUUAUGAAGAAGGAGAGGACCAGUCUAUUAAAGUGUACCAAGACAAACUAGCCAGCCUGAAGAAAAUUGGAGAUCCCAUUGUAAAGAGAUUCAUGGAAUCUACCGCGAGGCCUGCUGCGUUUGAAGCACUCGGCAAGUCAAUCCAGCAAAUCAGAAAGGUUCUUGGCCAAAUUGAGCAGAAGGACGAGAAGUACGACCAUCUCGCUGAAGAAGACGUCAAGAAGGUGGUGAAGAUGACAAAGGAGAAGGAAGACUGGUUCAACAAGAAGUGUAACGAGCAAGCCAAGGUCCCUGACACCAAGGACCCAGUUGUACUGGCCGUCUCCAUCCUCGCAGAGAAACAGCAACUUGAAAACACCUGCUUGCCCAUCCUCAACAAACCCAAGCCCACGAAGAAGCCCGAACCACCACCGAAGGAGGAAGACAAGAAAACCGAGGAUGCAGGAGCUAAGAAAGACGGGGAGACUGUAGAGAAUGCAGAGAAAAUGGACGACGAGGCCCCUCAGGAACAGAACAAGCCACAAGACAUGGAUGUAGACUAAACAGAGGGUAUAAAAAAGUCUAUCUGAAGAUGCACUCCAAGUAAUUGAAGGAUUUAAAGAGAAUGGUUUGAUGGAAAGGACAUUACGAUUGGGCUCAUCGAAGAAUUGUUUUACUUGAUUGUCAAUGUGCUAAAUGGUAGCAUGCUUUUGCUAGUGUUUUCUGUCGGUGUCUGUGUCAUCGUCAAAAGGUUUAGGUACAAUGGAUAUUCUUAGCAACUCCACACUCAACGCACUUGAUAUGUUGCUGUUUAAAUGUGGAUGUAAUUCGGUAGCUAUCGUAGCUUAUUAAAAAAAUUCCUUAAUGUA